AUGGACGUUGAUCUUAUCCAGGUCGUAAAUCGGCUUCAAGAGACGUUCACUACCAUUGGUGGACACAGUGUUGAUUUGCCACAAUGUGUUGUUGUUGGUUCGCAAUCAUCGGGUAAAUCCAGUGUGUUGGAGACUAUAGUCGGACGUGACUUCCUUCCACGCGGCAGUGGCAUUGUCACUCGCCGGCCGCUCGUGCUACAGCUCAUCCAUCUUCCUGCGUCUGAAAUGUCAGGUGGCAUAGAGGAAUAUGGUGAAUUUCUGCAUCUUGACAGACGUUUCACCGACUUUAAUGCUAUUCGUCAAGAAAUUGAAAACGAGACUUUCCGUGUCGCUGGUCAAAAUAAAGGUAUCUCGAAGCAACCCAUCCAUCUUAAGAUUUUUAGCCCACAUGUCAUUAAUCUUACGUUGGUGGAUUUGCCAGGUUUAACCAAAAUUCCAGUGGGUGACCAGCCAUCUGACAUCGAACGCCAAAUUCGCUCGCUUGUGACUGAUUAUAUCUCUAAGCCCAACUGCAUUAUUAUUGCUGUGAGUCCGGCCAAUGUGGAUUUGGCCAACUCGGAUAGUCUCAAACUUGCUCGCACAGUCGACCCACAGGGACGCCGAACUGUUGGUGUACUCACAAAGCUGGACUUGAUGGAUCAAGGCACACACGCGCUUGAAAUUCUAUCAGGACGGAUGUACCCUCUGCGUCUAGGCUUUGUUGGCGUUGUGAAUCGUUCCCAGCACGACAUCAACAAUGCUGUUCCUUUAAUCGAAGCACGUCGUUCGGAAGAAGAGUUUUUCCGCACGCACAUUGCAUACCGCAGCAUUGCGCACAAGUGCGGCACGAAAUAUCUGGCCAAGACGCUGAACCAGGUCUUGAUGGCACACAUUCGCGAGCGCUUACCUGAUAUGAAGGCACGUCUCAACACCCUGAUGGGUCAGGCACAACAGGAGCUUGCGUCAUUUGGUGAUACAUCUUUUAUGGGCGACCAGCAUCGCGGCACACUUAUUCUCAAAUAUAUGACGCAAUUUGCCAAGGACUUUGUCGCCUCCAUUGACGGAACCUCGUUCGAUAUUUCCACCAAGGAGCUCUGUGGUGGUGCCCGCGUGUACUGUAUUUUUCAGGACAUUUUUGCUCAAGCACUCAACUCGAUCAACCCGACCCAAAAUCUCACCGUGCACGAUAUUCGCACGGCUAUUCGCAAUUCCACCGGUCCGCGCCCCACUCUCUUUGUGCCAGAAGCAGCAUUCGAACUGUUGAUCAAGCCGCAAAUCAAGCUGCUUCUGCCUCCUAGUUUGCGCUGUGUGGAACUUGUGUAUGAAGAGCUUAUGAAAAUUUGCCACAACUGCACCAGUGCUGGUCUUCAGCGUUUCCCUCGUUUGCAUGCUCAACUCAUCGAAGUCGUUUCAGAGUUGCUGCGUGAACGUCUUGGUCCUACCUCUGAGUACGUGCAGAGUCUGAUUGAAAUUCAAUCUGCGUACAUCAACACCAACCAUCCAGCCUUUGUGAACGAUUCGGCCAAUAUUGCGACCCGAAUGCGCGAGGAAAAGCAACGAAAAACUGUGCUUGAGCCACCUCGGCACGAGAUUUCGCUCGACUCGGACCUUGGUACGCCUGCCACCGAGGAAGACGAAGACGACAAGCAGAACCAGGCUUUGAUCAUGAACGGCGUACCUCAUACCAAGCGCGCCGUGGAAGCAUUCCGCAGAAACGGUGCAUCGAAUGAGGGUACCAAACGCGCGCCGCCCUCGUCAGACUCGAGUGCGGAUGCCCCAGCUUCUGGCUCGACAUACAGCGCGAGCUCGGGUCCUAUCAGCACGAGUGGUCAGCGCGAAUCCUUCCUCAACUACUUCUUUGGUGGUGCCACUAUGAAUGAUGCUAGCUCGAGCAUUUCUUUGAGCUCGCACAUGCCUGAACAAAAGCCAAACAUUCUUACGGGCCGCCUUGGUCUGGAAGGCAACAGCGCUGCCUAUAAUAUGAAGAGUUUGGACCAAUACCUCAGUAUGGACCCUGUGCCAGAGGAGGAAUUUGCUUUGUCGGAGCGUGAAGCGAUGGAGACGAAUUUGAUCCGUGAGCUGAUCACGUCAUACUUCAACAUUGUUCGUUUAUCGAUUCAGGACCUGGUGCCUAAGGCCAUUAUGCACUUGCUCGUCAACUACUCGCGUGACACGGUACAGAACCGCCUAGUCGUGAACCUAUACAAGGAGUCGAUGUUCGAACAGCUCCUGCACGAGGAUGAGACGCUGACCAAGGAGCGCCAACGUGUACAGGCCCUGCUCGAUGCUUACAAGGAGGGCUUCAAUGUCCUCUCUGACAUUACGUUCAAGCCAAGCAGUGCCUAA